AUGGGCGAGGAGAAACUGGGUUAUCCAUACACCCGGCCGCGUGUGCCGGUUUAUGCCACAUACGGCAGUCCUGGCCCAAUCUACAAGCUGCCUCCGCUAUUGGGUGAAAAGGACCACGAUUUUGAGAGCAUUCACAUAAAAGCUCCGGCCUAUUCGUUCGGCCAUCAAUACAAGAGCCAGCAUUAUGAAGCUAGUCCAGGGCCAGCUGCCUAUCCUCAAAGCGGCAAGAUGACGAAUCGUGGUCUCGUGCAGGGUCCGGCUUACAGUCUGAAACAGAGAUUACUUCCAGACGCCUCAACACCUGGACCUGGACCUGCUCAAUACCUUCCCAAUGACAAUGUAGUGCACCCAAGAUCUCCAGGAUACCAGUUUGGGUUGGCAGCACAUGAUCUUCUCAAGAACACCGGACCUGCUCCAAAUGCCUAUUCGCUGCCUCGACCGGAUGUUAUUAGCGGGAAGGCUUCAGCACCUCAGUACACUUUGGGCGGUCGAAAUGACAGUCUUUCUACAGCAAAGAAUCCUGGCCCAGCCGACUACACGAUUGGCGCGCCUGAGAUCACCAAACCAUCAGCGCCCAAGUUCUCCAUGGGAGCUACUCUGCCGACCCCCAAAAAGAUCAUGCCCGGUCCUGCUGAUUAUCAUGUCGAUGAUAUCGGAAUAACUCGACGCCGGGCACCGAAAUUCUCCAUGGGCAUCUAUCACAGUCCUUACAAGUUGAAUAUCAUUGACAAAGGUAAAGAUGAGUGGUUGGAGUGCUGA